AUGUUGCCUAGGAAGCUAAAGUAUAGUACAUUUAACUACUGCAUAAAAUCAUUUCAGGCGGGAUAUGUAACGAAAGCACCUAAACCAGAAAUACCAAAAAAUCCUUUAAAUGAAGUAUAUUCGGCUAAUGAGCAAACAAAUAAUGGUAUUGUAUAUGAUCGGAAACCUUUCAAAGUAGUACUUGAAGCUGGCAAGACAUAUAGCUGGUGUCUAUGUGGUCGCUCUAAAUCACAACCUUUAUGUGAUGGAACACAUAGAGAUAUAUUUUUGAAGAUUACACAGAGACCUAUUAGAUUUCAAGUUGACAAAACCAAGGAAUAUUGGCUGUGUAAUUGCAAACAAACUAAAAAUAGACCAUUUUGCGAUGGGACUCACAAGCAGAAAGAAAUACAGGAAUCAACUACUAUUAGAGUU